AGAUGGAAAGAUUUUCGCACUUAUUCUCUUUACGCAAUUCUGCAUGGAGAAUCUCCCUGUUUUCCUGUUGAGCUUCAUAAUUUGGGUGUAAGUUUUGAAGUUUUGGAUUCGUGUGAUGGAUUGUUCGUUAUUUCAAAAACCUCGUUUAAUAUUAAUGAUGAUCUGUUUCUAUGGAAUCCGUCUAUUAGAAAGUUGAAUAAACUUCCUUAUUCAGGAUUUUUUGUGCGCAAUGGUAGAUUUGGUUAUGGAUUUGCUUAUGGAUUUGGUUAUGUCGAAUGUCAAAAUGAUUACCAAAUUGUUGAAAUUGCAAGUAAACAUAGUUCUCUGAUUGCUCAUGUUAGUGUUUAUAGUUUGCGAAGGAAUUCGUGGAAAAGCAUUCAUGAGUUUCCAAGUAUCUCUUUGCCUAAACAUGUUAAAUUUGUUAAAGGAAAGUUUCAUUGGAUCACCGGUUGUGGUAUUAGUGGUAGUGGUGGUAAUGCGAUAUGGUUCAACCCCGUAGAUGAGAAGUUUGGAUAUGUAGCAUUGCCGAACCCAAGUUUUAACACUUUUAACUGGAAAUUAGUGUCUUCAUCAGGUAAUUUAUGUAUGACUUGUGACUAUAGAAACAAGACAGAUGUGUGGAUAAUGAACGAGUAUGGACUUGCAGAGUCGUGGACCAUUGUGGGUUCGAUCCCUAAAUUUGUAAAUAAGGGGGUUUGGCCCAUUUUCAUCUCUCAUAAUGAUGAAAUUUUAUUGCAAGACGUUUCAGGUUUAGUGUGGUGGUAUGUUUCAACAGACGAUGACACUUUUGAUCGUCCUGAGAACCAAACACUAUGUGAAUGUGAUAGAAGAAGUGACCUUAAUCUAUACGUUGAAAGUCUUGUUUCACCAAAUUCUUCUUAAAGAGCUAUGGAGCGAUGAGUUAAAAAAGGAUAGAAAUUUGUGCUAUGGUCUAUUGAGGUGUUUCGGAAAAAUAGCUAUUUGGUAAGUGAAUCCAGGUGUUGCUCAUACAUAAUGUGGAGACAAGCAUGUAAAAACAGGGAAACGUAAUGGGGUUGAAAUUUGGUUUAACAGGAGGAGGAGUAAGGUUUGCGUAUACCCUCGACAAACCUCACCAUGUAAGAUCAUACUCGUAUGUUGUUGUUGAGGAGUCGUCAUACACAUAGCUAACUGGACCUCUCAUCAAUUUUCUUCCAUAAAAACAACUCUGAUAAUAAGUGAGUUCUGCAAAAUUUAGAAGACACCCAUACUGGUUGGGAAGAUGGGCCAAGACAAACUUUAGUAUUAGGAUGGGAUGUUUAUGUGGGCUCCAAUAAGGUUGGUCUUUGGGCUCAUAUUGGCCUGUUGGAAGUUGGAACCCUUCAUGCGAUUAUUCUUUGGGCUUCUUACCCACUCCAUUCUAUUAAUCUUCCUCUUUUCCAAAAAUAUACGUUAUACUACUUUUCAUCAUGGAUUAGGUUCAAGGAGUGAGGAUUUCUCCUCAAUUUUUAUAUCCGUCGUGUCAUUUUUUUAUUGAUUGAAUAUAAAUCAUUUUAUUACGGAUGAAAUUCAAAAAUUUAAAUUAAUUUAUUUCUAAAUAAGAAGUAGACUAGAAAAAAGUAUGACAAGUACAUUGGGACGAAGGGAAUAAUUAUAUACCUAAUACGUUGCUUCUCAUUUCAACUUUCUACAAAAUAUCAAUCACUUGACAUUUUAGAGCUCUUACAAAGAUAACAAAUGUGUCUAAGUCAAACUAAGAUUACAUAUAAAUCGAACCUUUUACGGCAAAAGAAAUUAGCUAAUCCAUUAAUAAUAACAGAUACCUCUACUAUGUAAGAAAAGUAUAUACACACCAAUAAAAAUCUUCAACUAAGUCUAUUAUCAGAAGAAAAGUCUUGGAACACUAAUAAAGUUAUUUUUGUAUGACCUAUAGAUCAUGUGUUCGAGUCGUGGAAUCAUCCAUUGAUACUUGCAUCAGGACAGGUUGCCUACAUUACACGCCUUAAGGGUGUAACCUUCCCUCGAACACUGUGUGAAUGCAAGAUACUUAAUACACUAGACCGUCCAACUUUUAAAUAGUAGCUUGUUUGGCAAAGGCCAAAACUUUUUUUUCCCUUCCAAAGAGUGCUCGUAUUAAAAAGUUGU